UGCCGUGCAUGCUUAUUCAGAGCGGCAAAGAAAUGGAUUUCCAGAUGGUGAACAACAGAACAAACAAACAGAUCAGUACUGGACCUUACCCACUGAGACAAAAGCGUCUUUCUAGCUUCCAGGGAGAAAGUGAAGAGAGAGAAAAAGAUUCUACCAUCGAGAGCUUUGUGACCAAUUUUUCAAACAUCUUUGAGUCAGAUCUGUUACCUACUCAGAAUGGCGAGGAACUGACAGAACGUUUCCUGCAUGAAGUUGUGGGUAUUCUCCUGAGUUACAUAAAAAAGACCUACGAUGGAAAGGCGAAAGUGCUGGAUUUCCACCACCCUCACCAGCUUCUGGAAGGGUUGGAAGGCUUCAGUGUGGAACUUUCGGAUCAGCCAGAACCUCUGGAACAAAUACUUGUUGACUGCAGGGAUACCUUGAAAUAUGGAGUCAAAACAGGGCAUCCUCGUUACUUCAACCAACUUUCCAGUGGCCUUGACAUUAUAGGACUUGCUGGGGAAUGGCUGACGGCUACAGCAAAUACAAACAUGUUUACUUAUGAAAUAGCUCCAGUAUUCAUUGUAAUGGAGGAGAUCAUACUUAGAAAAAUGCAAGAAAUUAUUGGAUGGGGGGAAAGUGAAGCAGAUGGCAUAUUUUCUCCUGGGGGCAGCAUAUCAAACCUCUACAGUGUUCUAGUUGCCCGCUAUAAACGUUACCCUGAGAUUAAAACCAAAGGCAUGGCGGCCAUUCCAGACAUCGUACUCUUUGUUUCUGAACAUAGCCAUUAUUCUGUAAAGAAAGCUGCAGCAGUUCUUGGGAUCGGAAUGGAUAAUGUUAUUGUUGUCAAGUGUGAUGAAAGGGGGAAGAUGAUUCCAUCUGAACUGGAGGCAAACAUUAUCCAAGUCAAAAAACAGGGCAAAGUACCAUUGUAUGUGAGUGCCACAGCCGGGACAACUGUGUAUGGAGCUUUCGAUCCACUCGUUCACAUAGCUGACAUCUGCAAGAAGUAUAACCUCUGGAUGCAUGUGGAUGCAGCAUGGGGAGGCGGCCUGCUUCUGUCGAGAAGGCAUUCCCACAAACUGAGCGGCAUUGAAAGGGCUAAUUCUGUCACGUGGAAUCCUCACAAGCUGAUGGGAGUUCCGCUGCAGUGCUCUGCUUUCUUAGUCCGUGAAAAGGGUCUUCUCCAAGCCUGUAAUCAGCUCUGUGCCGGAUAUCUCUUCCAACCAGACAAACAGUAUGACACAGCCUACGACACUGGGGACAAGGCAAUCCAGUGUGGCCGGCAUGUUGACAUAUUCAAGCUGUGGCUAAUGUGGAGAGCUAAGGGCACGCAAGGAUUUGAAACGCUUAUCAACAGAUUUCUAGAACUUGCAGAAUACCUUUACAAGGAACUGAAGACAAGAAAGAACUAUGAGCUUGUGUUUGAUGCCGAACCUGAACUCACCAAUGUGUGUUUCUGGUACAUCCCAUCCAGCCUUCGAAAGAUCCCAAAGGGACCAGAGAGAGAGAAAAGACUACAUCAGGUUGCUCCAAAGAUAAAAGCGAGGAUGAUAGAAGAAGGUACUACAAUGGUUAGUUAUCAGCCUCACGGGAACCAUGUGAAUUUUUUCAGAAUGGUCUUCUCUAACCCAGCAACCAAGAAAUCAGAUGUUGAUUUUCUCCUGGAAGAAAUUGAAAGGCUUGGGAAGGAUUUGUAACAACUGGCCAUAAAUCUCAAAAAGCGGGGAGCAACAUUUCAUUGGUGUAGUGGAUCCUGUUUAAAGUUUUGUCACUGUUGUUCUGAUGACCUUGGAUGCAUUAUUGAGGCUCUUCAAAAUAGGAACAAACCAUGGUUAGAAGCUGCUCAUG